AUGGAAUCCCCCUUAACACAGCAAAGUAGACCGGAGAUUUUCAAGCCUAAGAUUGUGCAACUAUAUGAAAAUCUCUUUCAAUCGUCAGAUUUUGCAGAACCAUCCGAAGGUUUCUGGCGAGAGUUCUUUUUGUUGCCGCCUGAUCGAGCCCAGCUUGCAUUAAUUCUAGAUAGGCUCGGUCCAGAAGAUACUCUUCACUUACAGGCUCAAACCCAUCACCUAUUUGCGCGUGCAAUAAAGGAGGCGAACUCUGGAGUUAGCCCCGUGAACGCUUAUGCGUUAGAGAAAUAUACCAAUCCCAGCUCCGAUGCUAUCACUGUCCUUGCAGGGCUUGAUGAGGUCGACCAUGUUAUCUCGAACCUCGUCGCAGUUUUGGAUGGUAUUAUCCGCAAUGGGAGCAGCUUUGAUAUUCGGAUUAAAGCGAUCAGGGUAGCCAUUGCUCUUACGAGUGGCGCAUAUAAGACGAGUCUCGUCUCCUACUUUACCCAUAGGGAUCUGUUCCCCUCCCUCAUGAAGUUUGUGCACGAAUCCGAUACCCCUAUUCAGAUACUUGAGCCGUUCCUCCUUCUUGGUCUAUUAGCGAACUACAAUAAGUUCGAGUUUCAGAACCCGUAUCAAUUGCGGCUCGACGAUUUUGUCAACGAGUCAAGCAUUCAAAAGAUCGUCAAAGGUGUCGGUCUUUCGUGCGCCGCCUUAAGAAACGGUUAUAUUGCUGUACAGGAUGAUGCACCUGAGGGCUGGACACUCAGCAGCACUCUGGUCUUCUUCGGACUCGGAAGACUUGCUCCAGGCACGAGAAAUAAAACUCAAGCGCCAACGGCUGAGGAAGCGAAGGAGGUGUUUGCAACUCUGCCGUCUCAAGAAGCCGCCAUUCUUCUGUCCACCUAUGACUUUGCAAAUGCGAAUAAGCUCUUUGGGUAUCACCUCAUUAACUCUAUGCCAGAGAAAGACAGCGAGGAGUCUCCCUUUGCGAGCUUUCUCUCUAUUACAAGCUACAUGUUGCAGCACGCUUACAGAUCCCCUCGUGUUGCACACUAUGCGGAGCUCAACCUCUUCACUCUUCGCAUCCUUUCUGAAGAUUCAGCGCUGUGUAAACAGCUUUGCAGCGAGGGGGAGAAAAGAAAAGUGCGCCUUUGCCGGCAAAGGCAGCCGUAUCUCCCGCUCGUCUCAGGGGACAGGGUUCUCGCAACUGUUAUCUUCGACAUUAUGAUUGAUACCAUUUCCCAUAAUCUCCGGCGGCGCCUUGAUGCCAACAUAUACAGUCAUUCAAUCGCCAUCCUUCUUCGGCUUCUAACCUACCUAUCAAUGAACAAAAUCCGUUUGGCAUACCACUGGUCGGAGCUCUGGAAGACUCUGCUCUCCCUGAUGCGGUUCCUUACUACGUACGCGUCAGACCUGUCAACAUCUCCCAACAUCGCCACUCUCACCACCUCCCUUGUAGACCUGGUGGCAUUUUGCGUCUCCGCAGGUGACACCUUUCUCCCAGAUCCGGCAUCUUAUGACGACUUGUUCUACAAACUCGUCGAAACGGGUCCCAUCAUCACCCGAUUUCGAGAUGUCUAUUCCCUCAAGCCCCCAACUCCGUCAGCCUCGAAGAUUCCUGACCCCACAACAAUUGCCAGCAAGGACAUCCACGUCGCUGCCAUCGACACACUGAUCUCCGUCUCGACCCAUUUCUAUGCUUUACUUUUUAACCCAGACAGGAACGUCGACGUGAGCUUGAAACCCGGUGGAGAAGCUUCGAAUCCUGUGCCGAUCCCGGCUAACCGGAAGAAGAAUCUUUCGCCCCGGGAGGUUCACAGGAUCAUCAAGCAGGGCUACGACACGUUGAGUAUUCAGCCUCCUGAGGGGCUGAGUGCGUGGACGAGAUGGCGUGAGGCGGACUGGAAGACAGAAUUGAAGCGGGCGGCCAGGUGCGCCGUGGAGGAUGCCCGGCAGUUGGUUGCGUAG